AGACGUUUCCGGAGGCGGUGUCUGACCGGGCCCAGCGCACGUGCGCAGGGGGCGGGACUUCCUGAACCCGCGGGACACUGGGAAGGGGCGCGGGGCAGGAUCUGACUUGGGGUGCGUGGGCUACCGAGUUACCCGGAGAAGCCUGUGGUGCUUCUGACUUUGGCGUCCCCCAUUUAAUUCACUGUACCUACCUCACGGCCUGGCUGGAGCGAUGAAGUGUGGAUAAAGAAUAGCACCUGCCUCAAAGGGCUGUUUUGAAGAAGCGUUACUGUUAUAAAGCAUUUGGAACAGUGCCUAAUGCGACCUUUGUGUUGCAGCUGUAAUUAGAGAAUGUGGUCUUGUUACACUGUCACUGAAGAGCCAAACCCUGGAUGCAGAAACAGAUGUGCUAUGUGCAGUCCUUUACAGCAAUCACUACAGGAUGGGCCACCACAAGCCCCAUUUAGCCCUCAAACAGGUUGAACAAUGUUUAAAACGUUUGAAAAACAUGGAUUUGGAGGGUUCAAUUCAACAUCUGUCUGAGUUGUUUUCUUCCAAUGAAAAUCAUCGUGUAACUACCGAAGCAUAUGUCAUCCCUAGCCAACCAGUGGUUGAAUUGGUGCUCAUGAAGAUUUUGGGAGCCUGCAAGUUGUUACUUCGCCUCUUGGACUGUUGCUGCAAGACAUUUCUCUUGACUGUGAAACAUCUAGGUUUACAAGAAUUCAUUAUUUUAAACCUUGUGAUGGUUGGGCUGGUGAGCAGGUUAUGGGUUCUCUAUAAAGGUGUUUUAAAAAGGCUGACUUCUUUAUAUGAGCCAUUGUUUGGAUUGCUUCAUGAAGUCUCUAGGAUUCAACCACUGCCUUACUUCAAAGAUUUUACCUUUCCUUCUGAUAUUGCCGAAUUUUUAGGACAGCCCUAUUUUGAGGUCUUUAAGAAAAAAAUGCCCACAGCUUUUGCAGCUAAAGGAGUAACUAAAUUGUUAAAUAAACUGUUUUUAACAAAAAAUCAAUCACCAAGGUCUAGCAAAGAAACUGUACACAGAAUUUCCAAAAAAACUAAGCAAAUGAAGAUCAAUAUUCAGAAUAAUGUGGAUCUUGGACAGCCAGUAAAGAGUAAGAAAAUCUUCAAAGAGAAGUCAUCAGAAUUUGAUUUGAGAGCUUUCUGCAAACAGCUGAAGCACAAGGCUAUUCAGGAGACCAGCGUUAAAUGUUCUCAGUCCAAACUAAAGGCAACCAAACAUUCUUCUCAGAGAGCAUCAGGAACUCCCUGUGCCAAAAGUUUUGUGCAAAGAUUUCGAGGGGCUAAGACUUUCACUCAACUUUCUGAAGAAAUCCAAAUAGCAAUUUUGUGGUGCAGGAGCAAAAAACUCAAGGCUCAGGCCUCCUUCCUGGGUAACAAACUUCUUAAAAGUAACCGGCUUAAACAUGUGGAAGCUCAAGGCCAUAGUUUACCAAAGAAACUAAAGUGCAUAAAAGCAUCUAUUUGCAACUGCCUUCUUCGUGGCUCAGGAAUCAAGACUUCAAAGCAUCAUUUGAGACAAAGAAGAUCUCAGAGUAGAUUUUUACUGGGACAGAAGAGACUGCAGAGAAAGUUGCAGUUGACUCUUUCAAAGGAAAUUCAACAGUCCCCUCAAGGGAUGCAGAAUGCUACAGAUAGCAGAAAAUGGAAACGCUCACACUGUUCAGUUCAUAGAACUGAUCUCUACUCCAACAAUAAGCAACUCUUGAGGAGCAGAGUUUCAAAUCCUGUCAUACAAACUAAAGAGAAACAAAUUCAUGAAAACCUUACAGGAAACAAUGAAAAUGAAACUAAUUCAUGGACAGUGAUGCAAAUGAACAAACAUAAUACAUCAGGAACCAUUAAGGAGACAGAUGACAUUGAUGAUAUUUUUGCCUUAAUGGGUGUUUAAAUGCUCAUAUAUGAGACAUUUAAGUGCUUAACAAACUGGUCCAGUGUUCUGUUUUACGUGGAACUUGCUGAGUUCUGGAAAGAUUUGGAAAUACUACUUGGACUCAGGAGCUUAUUUAGUGUAACGCUGUACAGCAGUAAUGUCAGUUCAAUAAAUAUUUAUAGUA